AUUUGUUUGGUUCAUUUUGCCUAAUGUAUAUAAGACGAUUUAAAGAUCUUAUUCGUGGUAGUUUUUUAACAUUACUAUAUUGUUGUGUUGAUGUGUGAGGCAAGUGAGUCAAGGGUGAAUUUAUCAAGAGUUGGUACAGCAGCAGUCAGAAUGAUGAUCCUGGAGUCCCACAUCUCAGGUCACCGACAGUCAUGGUGCAUCACGGGUCAAAAAGAUAUGACUGGAAGCCAUGUUUUAGAAGCUUUAACGGAGAGAGAGGGCCAGGUGUCAGAUGUGGUGUUGCAGUGUGCAGGUCGCAUCCUGUCAUCUUCAUCACCAGUGCCUGAGGGAGCAACAGUAGUGGCAACUCUCCGUCUCCCUGGAGGAAAAGGUGGAUUUGGAUCUAUGCUUAGGGCAAUUGGAGCUCAAAUUGAAAAGACAACAAACCGUGAAGCGUGUCGGGACCUGAGUGGCCGACGCCUGAGGGACAUUAAUGAGGAAAAGAGGCUGAAGGACUUUAUCAGCAAGAAGGCAGAAAGAGAGAGAGAAGUACUGCAGCGAAAACGUCAGAAAUUUGAAAAGUUGAAAGAAACUCCAAAACACAUCUUUCAAGAUGAUUCCUACUAUCAACAAAGGGAAAUCAGAGAGAAAAAUUUGUUCGACUCUUUAGAUAAGGCUUUUCAAAAUGAGAAUGGCAGUGGUCCCUCAGGAAUCAAGAGACAGAAACCCAACAUCAAAGAGAAGGAUGAAGUGGAGAGCAAAAGAGGAAGAUUCAUUGAUGACUUGGAUGUAACAAGUGAAGAAGAGAGUGAGAGUGAUGAUGAGGCAGCUUGUGAGGUGAAAGAAGACUGCACUCAGAAAGAUGAAGGAAACAAACAUAAGGAAGAUGAAGGUAAGUCCAGUUGUAGAAACACUGAUGAUGACCAUACAGCAGAAGAUAAAAAGGAUAUUCAAUGUAAUGAAGAUGAACAUUAUCCAGACAAAAGUGGUCAACCUGAUGAUACCUCAGAAAAGUCUGGCUCUGACACUGCUGAAAAAUGAGUGACGGUGUUCCUGCCAGACAUAUUUUUGUGUACAGUAUUUAUAUUUAUAUAUAGUCAGUAGCAGAAGUUCUUCCCAACCCACCCGUAUGAUAUACGGCAGGUGAUCUGGUAACACUGUAUUGGAAAGCAUUGACAAUUAUGCUGCUUUGAAUGGCUAGUUAUUCAAGAUUUACAAUUGGAGAUUGUCUAUGAUUACAUUUCUUGUUUAUAAGUUAAAUAUUAUAAAUAUGUAUAAUGUAGGAAAAUAAUGUUAUUUAGAAAUAAAUGACUGAUACAUCUGGUUCCCCAGUUAUGCAUCAUCCUGCAUAAAUGUCAUAUAUACAGUACUAUUAAAUAGAGUACAAGGAGUCUCCCUCCAAGUGAGUGACACAUGUUAAAUGCCUGCUUAAAGUAAUUUUAUUCAGAAAUACUGGAGAUACAGUAUAUAUUUUUGGUGAUUAAAAUUUCUGUUUAAUGGUUACAUGUUUUGUUUUGUAUGCUGUCCUAGGGUACAAUGCUAAAAAACUGAUGUGACAGCAAUUGCUUUUCAGUACAAUUAUUUCAUAACUGAAAAAUUCGAGGUCAUAAAACUAUAAUGUACAAAAAAAAGGAAUACUUUAUUGCUGUUCUUAGCUUAGACAAAAGAGAACAUUUGCAUUUUAGGCCACAUGAAAAAGCUGCAGUUGUACCUUCGGCAAGUCUUAAUGUGUAACAGCAACAAUAUGGUUAUGUUAUGCCAUUGGACCCUUGAUGCUAAACAGCGACACUUUACAAAAUGUACAGAUAGGUAAUAUGAGGAUCGAUGAAAAUAAGUCGCCUUGUCUAGAAUCAAAAUAGACACCAAGAACAUUGGUGGGAGAACAUUCAAAGUACAAAAAACUAUGAACUUUACCCCUGAUUCUCUUUAUAUAACAAGUUUCUAUCUUCAUCGUCCUCAUAUAGUUUGUAGCCUGACUGAGAUCCUAUUAUGGUGCACAUGAGGCACCUAGCAGAUGAUAGAGAACAUGUAGAUUUUAAUGAAUAAUCUGCAAAUGUUGCUGAGUAUAUGAAUGGGAUAAAACUUUGCAAUUGUUGAUAAAAUAUCAGAAAUGAUUGAUACAGCUCAUUCCAAAAAUAGAAUAAAUUGUUUAAUAACAUUAAUUUAAUGUUAUAGCUAUAUGCACUGAGUUUUUAACACUAUCAUUAAAUUACUAAGAUAAUUUUUUUUUGUUUUUGAUAUGGCAGUGAGACAUUAGGAUAAAAUUGGCUGACAAUCCAAGAUACAAAGUAUGAGAUAAGUCUCAGGGAACUGACAUAUAAAAAAUAUGGGUGAAGCUGCACAUGCUAAUUACCAUCCUGGUUUGAAUUACUCUCAGAAAGGAAUUUCCUUUUGGUGGGGGGGGGAUGAAGGUAGUUAACUCAACUUCCAAACAUUGAACAUACUAUUUGAAGUACAAUACAUACUUCUUUUAAUAACAGAACAGUGAAGCUAUGGCUUGCCUAAAAUUAAAUUUAAUGCCCAUUAAGAGGUCGCGCCCUCUUCCACAGCAACAAGAAGUGAAGUAACGAAGAAGUAUCUACAUUAACCAACUUUCAAAAGAUGGGAACAAUAAGCCUACAACUUUGUGGAUUUUCAAUUACAGAUAAUUGGCAACCAAGUGCAGAGCAACACAAGUCAAGAUGUAAACCAUACAUACAGGUGGUCAUUGCCAAUGUAGGACAAUAAGCCUCCAGAUUUGCUCACCCAUUUGAUUGCCAUAACAUUAGAAGAAUGGUUGAAAAUUUGUUGCUAUUAACAAAAAUUAAAUAUAGAAUGUUAAAUAUUUUUACUGAAUUUACCCUGUUCUAAAUUUAGAAAAUAAUGAUAGAUUAAUUUGGCCCUGCUGCAUACUGUAAACAGUAACUAUUAAAUCUGAUAUAACUUUACAACACUCUGAAGCUGAAUAAAUGCAUAACAGGAUAAUCAGAGGUGCAGAAUCACACAAGUGUAAUGUAUUACAGUAUAACUAAAAUAUUUGUACGAGACCCCAGGUGGACCGUCAUAUUUCGACGUGUCAUUAAAAAAAGGACAAUGGUUAAGGCUGUUAUAUGCAGUUGCAGGCUGGGUAUGUAUGGACUUUUAAUAAUAAAAUGAAAACAUUCAGUACCUUUUGCAGACUAUUCAGUUGUAAUGAAAGACCGUUUGACAUGACGGAAUUAUAAAUGCAAAUUAAAUCAUUUGUUAAUGGCAGUCACUGAAGGACCAUUAUACCAAAACAAGACGAUUUUUGACAUUGCCGGGUAUUGUGCAGGACUUGUGUUGAGUGAGUAGGAUCCUCAUGCCUGCAAAGGAUUCAUAAAAAAAGAAUAAUCAAUGUCAAAGCAUUGCUCCUUAUAAAAUGGCUACACAAAAAAUGAGGUAGGACCUAAUGAAAAUUCUCUCCAAAAAUGUGAACAUAAACGGAAAUGAAAAACUAUGAAAAUUCAACCGGUUCUGUAUAAACAGGGAGGUCCAAGCCAGCCUCAAUUGAGAAAACUCAUACAAUGGGAAGUACCUCAAACCUUUCCAAUAAAGCACCCAAGACAACUAAAAAAAAUCAUCAGCCUAGGCACAAGCAUUAGAUGAAAAUAUAUGUAUUCAAAGUGUAUGAGUUUCAUAUCCACACCAUAUUUAUUUAAAAAUCACCCUAAAGGAUGUUGACAUUAAAUAAAACAUAUACCUUGAA